AUGCGCGCGCUCCCGUCGUGGCUCGAUGUAGGGCUGCGACGGCGCGGUGUGCCCAUCACGUCUGCGGAGAGGGUACCUAGUCUGCCAGCAGUGCGCUUCCCCAACGAUAGUGAGCGUGUUGAUCAACACUCUCGCCAAUCACCCAGCCCCGCCGGCUCGCGAUCGACGCCUGCGAGUACCCGCCCUCGCUCAGCCGUUCACAGUCACCCCCAGCAGCGAGUCACCGCGACUGGCUACGUAGGCGAGCACCCGACGCCAGAGUCUACCAACAUCCCCUAUCCUCUAUCUCUCUCUCCUGCAUUGCAUUGCAUUGCGCCCACUUCGGAGCCACUGUCAACUUACCCCUCCACUUCACUUCUUACGACUCCACGCCGCACCAUGUCGGUCAUCUACAAGAGGAGCGAGCGCGACCGCGAGUGGGACACCACGUCGACGCGCACCGGUGCCACUGGCUAUACCACGGUGCGGCGCUACAAGGUGCCCGACCACAGCCUCGAGGAAGACACGUACGAGACCGAGAUGCGCAUGGUCCACCGUGGGCGCGACGACUUCGACGACCGUCGCUCCGUCAAGGACUAUCAUAUUGAGCGCCAUGAACAACCCGCUCCCGCGCGCGAAGUGAGACACUACCACUACGCUGAACGUGAGCGCGAAGUCUCGCCCCAGCGUUCCGAGUAUCGCAUCCAGCGCGAAUACGAGCGCUCCCCCUCACCCGCGCGCACCGAGAUCCGCAUUUCCCGCGACUACGACCGCGAGCGCGAGAUCUUCCCACGGGAGCAGCCCUAUGAAUUGGAGAAGUACUCAAGGUCUACUGAGUAUUUCCGCCCCGAGCCGCUGCCCCAACCCCCACCACCCCAGCCCCAGUCCAUCUACAUCCGCAAUGAGGCCCCCCAGCCCCAGCCCAUGCAACAUAUGCAGAUGCAGAUGCAGCCUAUUAUUAUCCGGGAGGAAGCCCCUCAACCCAUCAUCAUCCGCGAGCGCGUACAAGAGCCAUCCUAUGAGCUUGUUGAACGUACUGAAGAAGACAGACAGGUUGCUCGUCCGCAGCGCCACGAGGAAGAUUACUACUACGAGCGCAGAGUAAAGGAAAUCGAUCGUGGUGGCCGCUACGACGAGCGAUACGCCGACGAGCGUGAAUACGACCACCGAUGGGGAGAUAAGAACUACUACAGCGACGACGACAUCUACAUCCACAAGGAAAAGGAUACCUGGGGCGGAAGCGAGACCCGCACCAAACGUGACGUUGCUGCAGGUGCUCUUGCUGGAGUCGCUGCAGGACAAAUUAUCAGACAUCACCGCAAGAGAAAGGGUGAAGCCGCUGGAGGCAACAUUGGCAAUGCCCUUGGCUACGGCACGCUCGGCGCUGUGAGUGCUGUGGCUCUCGAUAGAUUUAACAACCGUGAUAGAUCUCGGUCUGUUUCUUCUGAUCGUGGCAGGGGCAGCCGCCGUGCCAAAUCUCGCCACCGCAGCAAGUCGAGGGUGAAGGAGCUGGGCACGCUUGCUGCCCUUGCCGGUGUUGGAGCUCUCGCCUACGCUGCCGGACAGAGGAACAAGAACAAGGUGGUCAAAGAGGAGACGGUCACGGUCAUAGAAGAUCGGCACCGAAGCCGGUCACGUCAUGGAGGCAGAUCGCGUUCUAGGAAGAGCCGAAGAAGAUCCAGGUCCGCCUCAGUGGCUGAUGACAGGGGUAGGUCUCGUAGCACGAGCAAACACCUAGACCCUGAGCAUCGCAGCAACAGAGCAGCGCAAGUUGGUCUUGCCUCUGCUGCUGUAGCCGGUCUUGCGGCACGUAGCCGCAGCAAGUCUCGAAAGCGCAAGGGCAAGCGCUCACCCAGCCGGAUCCGACAGGGUGUGCCAAUUGCUGCCGCUGGCGUUGCCGGCGCAGCUGUCACUGGACUUUAUGAGAAACGCAAGGCUAAGAAGGAGGCUAGGGCGGCAUCGCGGUCCAAGUCAAGGUCGCGCUCAAGGUCCAGGUCAGUCCUCUCCCGCCUUACCGGACGCAACCGCAGCAGACGUGGAAGUACAGUGAGUGAACCUGUUUUAGUAGAGUACGGUGGUGAUCCAGUGUACACCGAUCGCGCCAGAAGCCGCAGUCGAAGCCGGGACCGAAGCCGUGCGCACCGUAGACGGCGAAGCUCUUCUUCCUCCGGUGGUCGGCAUGGAAGCCGGAGUCGAAGCCGCAGCAAGAGUCGAGCACGAACGGUCGCGGAGACGGCGGCGGUUGCUGGUGUGGCUGGUUUGGCUGCUCAUGAAGCAGCGAAGCGGCGCGACCGUAAGAAGGCCGAAAAGGAAGCCGAACGACGACGCGAGGAGGACUCAGCCUACUCCACAGGCACCUACAGUCCCUAUGAUAGUCCCACGCCCUCCAGUGCCACCACUGCCCAUCCUAACGACUCCCGCUACUUCCCUGAGACGAACUACUUUCCCCCUCCCCCUAGUGCUCCAGUAGACCCCAACCCUAACCUCAACUUCAAUCCCAACACCAACAACCCUUAUCCUCCGUAUAAUCCAGCAGAUUUCCCUCCGCCUCCCCAGAGCGCAUACGAGCCAAACCAUCCCUCACAUUUCGUCAACCCACCACACGACGACCUGCAUCUCGGCAACCCAUACGCACCCCAGCACCAACAACAACAACAACAACACGAACCCUACUACGGCCAGCCACGACGUGGGGGUGACAAUGUGAGUGCUCCAGUUCCUGAUGGCGGUAAAGAGCACCAUAACUUUGCGUCUUCGCGUGGUCCCGUAGACGAUCCACCUAGCCCCAGUCCAUCUCCGGAAGAGGAGAAGAGCGUUCAUUUCGACUUGAAUCCACAAGAACAAGAGGUGCCCUCACGAGAGUCUUCAUCCGAUUCCGAUUCCGAAAGACAACACAGACAUCGAGACGAUCACAGUCACAAGCGACACAGGCGACGCGAGGAUGACGAACGAUCAGAUGCUACUAGAGCGUCUGGCAGGGCCCGGAAGAGGCGCCACCGCUCUGAGAGUCCUGGGUCAGACGCAUCUGAUGCUACCAUUGAACUGCCACCGCGCUUCGACGAGAAGGGGCGGCAGCAGCCCGAAGACCCACUGGCGGAGAAGUUGGAGAAGGUGAAGUCGCCAUGGGACGCGCCUUCCUUGUUACACCUCAGGGUCGCCGUGGCUGCUCCUUCUGUAGACGUCCCAGCUUGGCACAUGGAUAAACUUCACCUUCACCCUCACACCCUCAUCGCUUCAGCCACACCUUCCUCUCGUUAUCGCAUCAAUCCUUCACAUCACUCCACAGCUGUCUCGCUCAAUCCCAACAACAUGGUUGCGCUACGCUGCUUCUCAGUCUUUGCCGCGCUGUUGACGGUUCUAGCAACAACAACACUUUCCGCUGCUGCUGAAUCGCCCUUUCUAUGCACUGGUGGUUCCAUCUACUUCACCGGCCAUACGGUCGAUAGCCUGCUGUUCCAGAACCCGGAUCUCUAUCACGACCUCUAUGUUUUCAAAUGCGUCACAACCGUCGUCUUCACAGCGGAUAGUGGUGGUGAAGCAGCCAACAAUACUCGUGUGCAACAGCUAGAGCGCGGCCUUGAAGAUGCUUACAAGUUCAUGUCCGACGUGUCUUCUGUUAGGCCGGAUGGCAUGCAGUCCAGGUCCUAUUUGAAUGAGGAAGCACAACGUGAGGCGCCGCAGGAGCUUCUCAUGCUGCACAACGAGACUGACCAGUACAUUGCAGUUGGUAACGAGACCACGGUUCAGAUCGGCAAACACACUAUCGUCGCUUCUUCUCUACUUGGCCUAUCGAACGCACAGAUCCUCUACCUUCGUCUCCCGGACAGUACAUACUUCGGGCAAGGGUACAAGGCUUACGGCGAAGAGUCACUCAAGAAGUUGUACAGCGCAGACAUCUCGGAGAUUACCACUACCGACGGGAAGGCCACGUACACGAUCGACGAUCUGAAGGACAUCAUCGCGACGAUUCUUCGCGGUCGCUUAGCUAAGGAUAUCCGCGUGAUGAACUACCAGUCGGCUCUUUCUACCGAUGAUUACGAUGAUCAGCUGGAUCACGCCGACCGUGUCGUCUCUGCUAAGCUUGUAAUGGACGUCGUGGAAGAGGAGGAGAUCGGAGGAAACGUCACGGCGUAUGCAUGCGACUCACUGCGUAUACUGUCAACCAACAACCUCCACAGCCCGGACUACAUCAAGAAGGUCGAUGCGUUUUUCGAGUACGCUAAGCGUGAUCCCGACAUGUGCCAGAGUCUAGAUGAUUGUGGUCAGCGGUGCCAGAACAUCAAAGAUGUCUCCAAGGUCAAUUAUGACGAGGUGAAUCAUGUCGCUGAGUUUCUGAAGCGGGAGUACUACAUCCGAAUAGACACUGAUGCCAGACACGGGAACAUGUACUAG